UUUACAUUUCUGACCAUGUGCGAACAUCAAAGCAACCGGCGAAAACGUGACGAGGUGCAGCAUGGAAGCUACCACCAGUAUUACGAAUUCCGUCCACAGGACAGUCGUCCGGAUCAUCUUAAAAAGUGCCUGCUGGGAUGUCGGUCACAGUUGAACAUUCCCCCUACUGGAACCAUACAUCUGCUCGACGUUGGCUGUAAUCGUGGCCUGCUGAGCAACUCGGUGCUUGCUGUGGUGAGGGAAAUCUUUGGCGAUCGGCCCGUCAGCCUACUGGGAGUGGACAUCGAUGAGGAGUUGGUUCGGGAUGCUAGGAAAGAAUUUGAAGGAAUUGAGUUUGUCCAGGCUGACAUCAGUGCGAUUGCAGCUGGGAGGGUGGAGAAUGAUCCAAUUGGGGACUAUUUGAGUAGUAAUCAAAUUGAUCGUUUUGAUAUGAUUUUUUGCUUUUCGGUGCUGAUGUAUCCUCACUUGAACCAUGGUGAUGAAGGGUUGCGCUUAUUACUAGAUUAUAUUUGUUCCAAAAGCAAGGUGUUGGUUCUAGAACUACAAAGUUGGGAAAAAUAUCGCGACAACGUUAGAAGGUUAAAAAGAGAUUGUGGGGAGCAGUUUCCACUCUAUGAAAAGCUUGAAUGGAGGGGGAAUCAAGGGAAACUGGAACAAAAUAUUUAUAAGUAUGUGGAAAAGCAAGGAUUUGAACGCAAAUCUGAGGAACUCAAUAAGAAUGAGUACAAGCGAAAUAUUGUGAUUUAUUCAAGUUGAUAGAGAAUAAACUUAUUAUAUUUAUUAUGGA